GGGCAUGCCUUCAAAGUAAGAAUUAUAAGAUAUCAGCCUGUUCCCACUAUCAUUGCUCGAAGUUUUGGCACUCAUUUCUCUCUUCUCACGCAGAAGUUCGUUCACCGAUCAAACUCGCUUGCUCGCCUCACUUUUUUGGUGGCUGCUUAUUCUCACAACGCAUCCCCAGUAAGAUGGAGAACAACAACCGGAGCCCUGCAGGGCUACAUUCUACUUGGAAUCCAUUGGAUUGCUCCAGUUCACCCGGUGGCAAUUCCACAGUCGACGAGCAAGCAUACGAUAUUGGUGCUGCAGCAGACUAUAAUGCCGGUCUCUUCAAGGAAAAGAACGAUGAUAUUGACGAGCAAGGAUACGACAUUGGUGCUGCCGCAGACUAUAAUGCCGGUCUCUUGAAGAGGAAAAAUCAUGAGAUUGACGAGCUAGCUUCAUUGGCGUCAUUGAACACCCCACUUCGGAGUGAUUUGCAUGCUAUUAUGCCAUUGCCAGAGGUACAAGCCUACAUGCCAAUAGACUUCAAUGCGAGCGACCGGAACGUACCCAACGAGAUUUUUCCGGCAGAACCCAAUGUCAUGGCAUCGAUGGCUAGCAACAUCAGUGAACAAUUUCCCCCGACCUCAUUCGUCAAUCAUGAGGAAAUUGCCGGCCAGAUAGCCACUGCACCAUUAUUAUCACCAAGUCCCCAAAAAGAAUCAGGGGCAACUGAUGGAUCCAUCAAGGUUUCUCUGGAAAGGCUAAAGGGCAGAUGGAUUUGCGGGCUUUCAGGGUGCAACAAGACUUUUCCCCGCAGAUAUGAACUCAGGCGACAUGUCAGAAACAUUCACACCCAAGAUUUUCGAGUAGUCUGCCCUGUUUACGGAUGUCAUCGAACUACAAAGCCAUUUAACAGAGAAGACAAGUUCAUGGAACACUUCCGAAAACAUGAUAGUUUGCGGAGUUAUCGGCGCUUGAUAGAGUCUUGCCAAUCCGCCCCCUUUGACAUUCCCGGAUUAAUUGAUCAUCUCGCCAUGAAACAUUACAUGGACCACAAGACUCAAAAUAAUCUCGGUUUCACCACUGGAAGAGUCUUGGAUAUUCAUUUUAUUCCAUUUUGGUUUGGGGUUUUGAGUUCGAAUGGUGGUGAUAUUUGCCCAUUGGCACCAAUUGGCUGUACUUAUCGGAUCACAGCUGAUGUUGGUGAGAACUGUUACAUACGCAAGAUGGCAAUGCACAUUUUCACCCAUAAACUUUCUCAUCGCCUCCAACUAAAAGAAAAUUUAAGAAACUUCUUUACAGGUGGCAACAAAUUGUACCUGGACGAUGGAACAAAGAAUUGUAUGUUGUGUUCGUUCCAGUCCAUCGGCCACUUUUGCCACGAGAUUCUCUUGGACCACAUCGCGAAGGAUCAUUCUAAAGAAGAGCGUAGCUCUGUUCUCGGAGAAGUCUCUCGGAUCAUCGAAAGGUUUGUUGACUCUUCCGGGUAUGUCCUACCCGAAGGGGAACCACCAAGUUCGAUGUUACUGGUAAAUGAGUGUAGCGCAGCCGGAUUUAAAUUUUUGCCCGGGCACUACUGUCUUUGAUUCGAGGACAGAGAGGUUCAAUUAUUUGCUUGAUACUACUCGGCAAAUAGUACUUUCAACUACUUCUCUGUGCGCGAUUCUUUCAUUCGCUGAAUGUCAGAACUGAUUUUGGGUUGGGAGUGGCAGAUCUAUUUCUAAUGGUUCCAGAGCAUUCAGUUUUUCAGAUUCUUCUCAGUCUAGUCUAUGUUGUUAUUGAACUGAUUUCCUUUAUUUUGUAGUGAUAAGCAUACACGAGAUAUCACACUUCCCUAUGUAUUCAGUUUGAUUAGUUAUUCCGUUGGAUGGAUCAUUUUUUCUGCAACUCGUAGCAAUAAAUCACCGAAAAAAAAAGAGGGGUUUCACAUAUUUUAGAUUCCUUGAUUUGCCUUUGGACAUGUACCUAACGUUUGCUUGAUAUUAAUUUGCAUUCAGUAUUUAAACA